AUGGCCCCUCUCGCAAUUGGAAGACAAAUCCCGGUUCAUGUGGAACUAGGGAAAGCGGAGGUCGUUGCAAAGCUAACGGCACGUCUUCUCGUGGAGAAUACCAGGGCGAAGGCUACAUUCUCGGGGGGUGCCAAGCCUGCCAUUACCCAAACGUCGCCGUGCACGAUGCACAUCGCGCUCGGGUCACAAGCUCAACUCCUUGUCUUUCCGGUGCCUGUCGUAGGGAGCCAGUAUAAGGCGCGCUUGGCACGUCAGUCGUCUUAUAUAGAGGUUGACGUGCCUGUUGCCAUCCCGGCCAUCGAAAACCUAGAGGGGAUGAAGCUAGACCCAUUCCCUAUCGUCCGCACAGGAGAAGGCGCUCUUGCGACCUGGAACAUGCAUCGUGUCAAUCUCGACCAACUACCUAUGCUCAACACGGAGAAUCCCAUGCUAGAGAGAUGGUUUAACACACACGCCAGCACUCUCUUUUCGGAACGCGAGGGAAAGAUGAAGCGGCGCGAACGCAACAUGGUCCCAGACACGCUCACUUAUUUAAAGGACACAAUCCACUACAUCCUGAACAAGGUCGCGGGCCUCCCCAAUGGUCUCCCAAAACGCGUGUUCGCGCUGCGCGACAACGCGACGAACGAUUUUGACACAAUCUUCUUCGUCCGCGGCCUGCGAUACGACCUAUCUUGCCACACCGUCGUGUGCGACGCCUACGUGCUCCCGCUAUUCCCUGAGUUCAUGGUGACGCUCCGGCCGUGGUUCGCUGGCCUCGUCAACUCGGACAUCACGAACACGCGCACCUACGAGGGCGAGUCGGCCACAUGGAAGCAGCUCCUCCCCGCGAUGGUCGAGCGCUGCCGGGCCACCUGGACCCACGGUGCCAGCUGCGAGUACGUCGCGAAGGGCCGGAUCCCGCUCUCCACAGAGGUGAACGGCGGCGACCCGCUGUGCAGCUGCGGGCGCGGAAAGGACGUUGCGGGGAUGCAGGAGGUGGACGUCUGGCGGCCCUUCGCGCCGUUCGUGACUCGCAUCGCGCUCUCGCCGCUCUUCGCGACAUCGUACAUGGAGCACCUCGCGCGCCAGUGCAAGCGGUGCGACAAGACGGGAUCGGACGUCAAGCAGUGCAACAGGUGUAAAGCAGUGAUGUAUUGUUCGAAGGCCUGCCAGAGAGCUGACUGGAAGUCCCAUAAACCCGCUUGUGCUACUGUGAGCCGGAAGUGA